AUGGAGAGACUUCGAGGGACAUUUCGGUCCGUUUAUUUGGUGAUAUUUGGGGAGACCAUCCAUGUUCUCCAUAAAGACCUGCCCCGGAUCCUGCAACAGAGUGCGUCAAUUGAAGCAGCUGUGUAUCGAUCGUUUUUGGCAGGAAGAAUUGUGGACCGAAUCAAAGCACUGGCAGGCGUUGGUGGAGGAGGAGCACAGCAAAAAAAUCCUCUGGUAAAGCUGGCGGACAAACUUCGAUUCAAGCGGGUGACUCUAGUCAUUCGAAAGCGGGAUGUUUCCGGCUAUUGGCACUACUUCAAGAACCGGGACCUGGGCUUCGUCUUCCGGGUGGAUCGAGAUCACGCGGUGCAUGUUGCUGGUGUGCGGCCUGGGUCACCUGCUUCCCGGAUGGGGAUUUCUCAUUCCUGGCGUCUGCUAGUUAUCAAUGGGAAGCACGUCAAAGCUGACACUGACGUCCAGGACCAGUUGGCCAACACGAAACUUCCGAUCUACUGUUUGUUCAGGGCCCCGCGGACAGAGAAGGAUGAUGAAGAAGCGGAAAUUGACAGCUCUGAUGCGAAGGAGCUCAGUGCCUCCGGGAUGCGGCUGAUCACAAUGUCUUUGGGAAUUAUGCAGUCUUUCAAUGGCAUCCAAAGGAUUGAUAUCGAGUGGCCUGAACUCUUCACCAAAGUCAUGGAGAUCCUCGCCAACUUCACCUUCAACUUCAAUUUUUUUCAGCCUGAUUGCAGUGUGUCUAGCCCCUACUGGUAUACUUGGCUUGGGUUCACAGUUGCGCCGUAUGCGAUGAUGGCCCCAAUUACCUUCUCAUAUCUGGUUGUCCGAUGGCUGUCCUUCCGAGAAAGCCGUGGAGAUCCACAAUACAGAGAUGUGCAGAGCUGGUUAUUGCUGAACGCUUGGGGAAGAGCCAUGCUGACGAUCCUGUUGCUCUUCAUCCAGAUGCACAUGACGAAGCUGAGCUCACCGUUCCAGUGCUACACUCUCAAAGAUGGAUCGGCAGUGAUGGUCGACUCCCAGGACAUCUACUGUGAUUUGGCUGAUGACCAGUACUUCUUGAUCUUCACAGUCGCCUGUGUUUUUUGGGUUAUCUUCGCGGCUGGCUUUGCAACUUUGAACGUCUGCUUGUACUGGAGCUACCACUGGCAAGCAGGUACAAAGACACGAGAUCGCAUUCCAAUCUAUGUGGCAGCUGUAGAGAUGAGCGUGGAGAACAUGAGGGGAUGGGUAGAAGUAGUCCGACUACGAGUGCUUAGCAACAUUGUCGCAGUGCGCACCUAUCCAUCUGUCAAGGACCAGGAGGCACAAGAAAGGCGAGCAUUCAUGGAGGCCAAAAUGAAGCAACGUGGUGUGGCAGUGGUACCGGAGACAAAGGCAGGAAGGGAACUUGACAAAGAACUUGCUGACAUGCGAAAGCGGAAAGCGACACUCGAGGAUGAAGUCAACCUGCGAGAGAUCAAGAUGAAGUGGAAGAACAAGGAAAAAUUCACCGAGAAACAAGCGUGGCCAGAUCGUUUGGACGGCAGCUAUGUUACCUAUGGUUGGGUACUGAUUUUUAGCACCUUUUUUCGACAGUUCGCUUUGAUGCUAUCAGCUUUAGUGUCUAACGACUUCCCUCCCUUCGGUGCUGCGUCUCAAUCCUUGGUCUUCAUGAUCAACUUCGGCGCAUUAAUUCUCCUUUUCCCAUACAAUGCCAGGCUGUUGAACAUUGAGGAGUCGGUGCUGACUGGCUGCAUGGCGUUCUUGACUUUCAUGGCUGCCUUCAAGGAGAUGCUGUCCAAGCACAACCAAGCACCGCAGUACACCGGCACUAUUUCUGCAACAAGUACCUUGAUUGACGUGCUGGUUCUCGUUAUCGUGAGCGUGAUUUGUGGCACUAUGGUCUUCAACUUCUACAUCAUUGUAGGUGGUGCUGUCAAGACAGAAUCUGAUGACCAGAUUCUCAACAAGGCUUACUAUGAUACUGCGAUGCAGCAAGAGCGGCUAAGAGAAGAAGAGGAACGUGGUGUUUUUACACGUCAGAGGGAGGAAGAAGCACGGCUUGAAGAAGAUGAACAUGAAAGAGCAUUUUGGGACAACCCGUUGCAGAACGUGGAACGCGAAGUUACUGGCUUGAAGAUGAUCCCGUUGAAGGAGCCAGAAUGCGUUGAACUGGACAAGUGCAUUAGUGCCAUCACUGGUCCAUUCGCAGAAGAACUGCGAGAGAAGAGAGCUGCGUUCGAAAGCAAUGUGCAGAGGAAAAGGGAUGCGAUGAUGACCCGCCAAGAGAUGGAAGCUGAAGAGUUAAGACAGAUGCGCUGGGAAGAAUGGAGGCAGCGGAAGGCGGAUACCUUCUGGGCUCGCCACGAAGCCAAGGAGCGCGAGUGGAUGAUGAGAGAAGACCCCAGGUUGAAACACGAGGCCUUCAUGCAAGAAGUGCUGCUGGCAACCGAGAAGUUUGAGCAAGAAUGCAUGGAAGCUGCAGAAUGUGAGCAGCGAGAGGUCGAGGAGUGGAAUGCCAAUCUGGAAGCAGCUGAGAGGUCUGUGAUGGCGGUUGAAGAUUUUUGGUCCUUUGAGGCCAGAGUUUGGGAUAACCUGCAGCGCAAGGAACCCGAGUCGCGAGUGAGGGAGUUGCGGGUCAUGGCGCAAGAGGAGUACAAGCAGAGGGAAGUAGAAGAGACCAACCUCCGCCUGGAGGCCCUUUUCCUCGAGCUCAUGCAAAAGGAAGAGGAGCGUCAGCGAAAGGUGGAGGAAUGGAAUGCCGCCCUGGAAGCGCAAGCCCGAGAGGCCAUGGAGCUUGCAGAAGAAGAACGGCGGGAAUACGACGACAUGGCCGAGGGUUUGCGUUUGCAGAUUGAGAAGGAGCACAUGAAAGCAUUGCAGAAAGAGGAGCUUAAGAAGAUGCGAAAGGAAGAGAAGCAACAAAACAAGUACUUGGCCAGCGUUCAGGCUACUGAGGAGUUCGAACUGAGUUGCAUGGUUGCAGAAGAGCGGCGCGUUCGCCAGGUUGAGGAGCUGGCCAUCAGGCUGGAGGCACAAAAUCUCGAAGAAAUGCAACGGGAGGAUCAGCGACAGCGGGAGGUCAAUGCAUAUCUGCAAAAGCUGGAAGAGGAAGAACGGCAUAAGAUGACGGAAGAAGACGACUAUGCACAAUCUUUUUGGACCGAUGUCAAUUCAAUGCUUGAGGUGGUGCGAGACCGAACAGGCAUGGAAUUGAACGACCCAUUGAUGCUCGCAAGAGCUGCUGCGGAGCUGCGCAGAGAAAGAACACAGAUGACCAAAGAAGAUGAUUUAGCUGAGGAAGUGCGAGUUCAUGACAGAGUAAGGCUUGAGAUAGAGGAAGCUGACCGUGAACGAAAACAGCAGGAGCCAGAAACUCCGAGAGCGGACCCACAAGAGCGAGAAGAGGCCGGCCCUGCAGAAUUGGAGGCGGAGGAUUUGGAUGAAGCUCUUGCUGAUGUGAGUGAGGAAAAGCAGAGGAGGAAGAAACGCAGCAAGGAUCGCAAGAAUCAGGUCGGCUCAGUGGAAUUGGAGGCGCAGGAUCUAGACGAAGCUCUAGCUGAUGUGCAGGAGGAAAAGCCAGGGAAGAAAAAGCGCAAAGAGCGCAAAAACCAGGCUAUCAUUGAAGAAACGGAAGAAACUACCAUAGGAAAAGAAGAGCUUGAGAGCGAAGAAGGGAAAGAAGAGGAGCCGAAACCUCCAAAGGUCCACCUCAAAGAGGCCGGCCCUGCAGAAUUGGAGGCGGAUGAUUUGGAUGAAGCUCUUGCUGAUGUGAGUGAGGAAAAGCAGAGGAGGAAGAAACGAAGCAAGGAUCGCAAGAAUCAGGUCGGCUCAGUGGAAUUGGAGGCGCAGGAUCUAGACGAAGCUCUAGCUGAUGUGCAGGAGGAAAAGCCAGGGAAGAAAAAGCGCAAAGAGCGCAAAAACCAGGCUAUCAUUGAAGAAACGGAAGAAACUACCAUAGGAAAAGAAGAGCUUGAGAGCGAAGAAGGGAAAGAAGAGGAGCCGAAACCUCCAAAGGUCCACCUCAAAGAGGCCGGCCCUGCAGAAUUGGAGGCGGAGGAUUUGGAUGAAGCUCUUGCUGAUGUGAGUGAGGAAAAGCAGCGGAGGAAGAAACGCAGCAAGGAUCGCAAGAAUCAGGUCGGCUCAGUGGAAUUGGAGGCGCAGGAUCUAGACGAAGCUCUAGCUGAUGUGCAGGAGGAAAAGCCAGGGAAGAAAAAGCGCAAAGAGCGCAAAAACCAGGCUAUCAUUGAAGAAACGGAAGAAACUACCAUAGGAAAAGAAGAGCUUGAGAGCGAAGAAGGGAAAGAAGAGGAGCCGAAACCUCCAAAGGUCCACCUCAAAGAGGCCGGCCCUGCAGAAUUGGAGGCGGAGGAUUUGGAUGAAGCUCUUGCUGAUGUGAGUGAGGAAAAGCAGAGGAGGAAGAAACGAAGCAAGGAUCGCAAGAAUCAGGCAAAAGACGAGCCAGAGAGCAAAGAAGGGGAAGAAGAGGAGCCAAAGCCUCCGAAGGUGGACCCAAAAGAGGCCGGCGAUGUGGAAGUGGAGGCGGAGGAUUUGGAUGAAGCUCUUGCUGAUGUGAGUGAGGAAAAGCAGAGGAAGAAGAAACGAAGCAAGGAUCGCAAGAAUCAGGCCAGAAGUGAAGAAACGGAAACAGCCAAGAAGGGCACCGAAGAGCCUGAGAAAGACGAGGCCGGCGAUGUGGAAGUGGAGGCGGAGGAUUUGGAUGAAGCUCUUGCUGAUGUGAGUGAGGAAAAGCAGAGGAAGAAGAAACGAAGCAAGGAUCGCAAGAAUCAGGCAAGAGACGAGCCACAGAGCAAACAAGAUAAACAAGGGGAAGAAGAGGAGCUGGACCCUCCAAAGGUAGAUGGACCAGAGGCUGGCUCUGCAGAAGAGGCAGAAGAUGUGGACGCUGAUGCGAACAAGGAAAAACGAAGGAAGAAAAAGCGAACCAAAGAGCGCAAGAACCAGGCCAAAGCAGACGAUGAGGAAAAGGAUGAGCCUGCGAGCGAAGAAGACAAAGAAGAGGCUGGCUCUGCAGAAGAGGCAGAAGAUGUGGACGCUGAUGCGAACAAGGAAAAACGAAGGAGGAAAAAGCGAACCAAAGAGCGCAAGAACCAGGCCAAAGCAGACGAUGAGGAAAAGGAUGAGCCUGCGAGCGGAGAAGACAAAGAAGAGGCUGGCUCUGCAGAAGAGGCAGAAGAUGUGGACGCUGAUGCGAACAAGGAAAAACGAAGGAGGAAAAAGCGAACCAAAGAGCGGAAGAACCAGGCCAAAGCAGACGAUGAGGAAAAGGAUGAGCCUGCGAGCGAAGAAGACAAAGAAGAGGCUGGCUCUGCAGAAGAGGCAGAAGAUGUGGACGCUGAUGCGAACAAGGAAAAACGAAGGAGGAAAAAGCGAACCAAAGAGCGCAAGAACCAGGCCAAAGCAGACGAUGAGGAAAAGGAUGAGCCUGCGAGCGAAGAAGACAAAGAAGAGGCUGGCUCUGCAGAAGAGGCAGAAGAUGUGGACGCUGAUGCGAACAAGGAAAAACGAAGGAGGAAAAAGCGAACCAAAGAGCGCAAGAACCAGGCCAAAGCAGACGAUGAGGAAAAGGAUGAGCCUGCGAGCGAAGAAGACAAAGAAGAGGCUGGCUCUCCAGAAGAGGAAGAAGAUGUGGACGCUGAUGCGAACAAGGAAAAACGAAGGAGGAAAAAGCGAACCAAAGAGCGCAAGAACCAGGCCAAAGCAGAUGAGGAAAAGGAUGAGCCUGCGAGCGAAGACGAAGAGGAGAGAAGAACGAAACACAAGGACAAGCACAAGGAGGACAGCCUUUCUGCGGAUGAGUUGGAUGCCAACCCUGACAAAAAGAAAAGAAGACGAAAAAGGACCAGCUCAAGAAAAAGGCAUGACUAGCAUAUUGCGACGCCGAGCUGGAAAAAUGGUUGCAGCGGCUUUUGAGUGCUGGGAGAAAGAAGAGAGAGAGAGAGAGAGAG